CUCCCUGGAGUCCGGCCGGGACGGUCCAAAACUGCAAGGGCCCGCAACCAGGCCCCUGGGCCUCCGCCGGAUCAAAAAUCCCGUCAAAUCACCGCCGUCCAGCGUGCCCUGCCGCUUUCCUCCCUUACCACGGCGGCGGCUCCGGCGGCGCCCGUUUCUUCCUCGCAACUCGCAGCCGUCGCCGAACUUGUGUUCUACUCCGCUCCGAUCCCACCUCCGAGGCGCGGCUCGUAGUGCAAUCUCGCUUUGCGUACGCUUGAGAGGGGUCCGUCGCCGUCUCGUGGGCUGCGGUGCGAUAGGCCGGAGGGAAUGGCGGCGGGAGGUAGCGGGGAGCAGGGCGAGGAGCUCUUCCUCCUCCGCUCGGCCGAGGAAGGGGAAGGGGACGGGGACGGGUUGUGCGUGGGGGAGCGCCCCUGGCGGCUCAACUUCGACGGCUUCCGGCGCCAGGGGCCGCAGCAGGAGAAUCCGCCGUCGCGCGGCCUCCAGGACUGCCUCGGCGUGCUAGGGAAUGGGGUAUGCAUGUUUGUACUUAUAUGGAUGUGGGCAUGUGGCAUCAUGGUUCUGUUUGAAAUGAUUGUGUGGCUUAUACUACAACUGGUUAUUGCAAAUUUAAUUCUUAUUGGAGUUACAGCUCAAGGGCCUGGAGAUGUUGUGGCUGAAUACUACCAACAACAGUUGGAGAUGUUGGAAGGUUUCGAUGAAAUGGAUACACUGACAGACCGUGGUUGCCUUCCUGGGAUAUCCAAGGAAGAACGUGAGAAAAUUGCCCAAAGUGAGACAUUAGCCAUCAGAUUAUCUAACAUAGCGAACAUGGUUCUUUUUGCUGCAAAAGUUUAUGCCUCAAUAAGGAGUGGCUCCCUAGCUAUUAUUGCUUCAACACUGGACUCUCUACUUGACUUGUUGUCCGGGUUUAUUUUGUGGUUUACUGCCUUUUCAAUGCAAACACCAAACCCAUACAGGUACCCAAUUGGUAAAAGGCGCAUGCAACCUUUGGGAAUACUUGUUUUUGCUUCUGUUAUGGCAACACUUGGUCUUCAAAUUAUCCUCGAAUCCAUACGGUCAUUGGUAUCAUCGAAUGGAGCUGAAUUCCGCUUGACAAAAGAACAGGAAAUGUGGGUUGUGAAUAUUAUGCUGGCAGUGACGCUGGUGAAGCUUCUGCUGGUUAUAUAUUGCCGCUCAUUCACCAACGAAAUUGUGAAGGCAUAUGCACAGGAUCACUUUUUUGAUGUCAUCACCAACAUUAUUGGACUUGUGGCUGCACUUCUUGCUAACUAUUUUGAAGGCUGGAUCGACCCAGUUGGUGCCAUCAUUCUAGCGAUCUACACAAUCAGGACAUGGUCCAUGACGGUGCUGGAGAACGUGCACUCCCUGGUCGGCCAGUCGGCCUCGCCGGAGUUCCUCCAGAAGCUCACCUACCUGUGCUGGAACCACCACAAGGCCGUCAGGCACAUCGACACGGUGCGGGCGUACACCUUCGGCUCCCACUACUUUGUUGAGGUCGACAUCGUCCUGCCGUGCGACAUGCCCCUGCAGGAGGCGCACGACAUCGGCGAGGCCCUGCAGGAGAAGCUGGAGAGCCUCCCCGAGAUCGAGCGCGCCUUCGUCCACCUCGACUACGAGUUCACCCACCAGCCCGAGCACGCCCGGUCCUACGACACAUAGCACAGCCUGAAGUCCUGAACCCCGGUGGCGGUGUUGUUCGUGGAACUUCAGAGACUGAUAGCCUGAGCUGAAGCUGUUGAAGUCGGCACAGUUUCAGAAAUCUGGGUGUCGAACCUGUUGUCACUUGCAGAUUCAGUUGUGCAGUUUGUUUUUUUAGUGUAUUCUUUGCUGUUUUGACCAUAUCUCGCUGGAAGAAAAGCAUAUGGUCUCCUUGUCA